CCAAGUUCUUGUCCAGAGCGCCACUGCAUUGGGUUUUAUUAGGAAAGGGGGAAGACAGUUGUAUGCGAGCAGCAGCGCAGGAACACUUUCCCAAAGUUGUCUUUGGGCUUCAGCGGAGGAGUCUACUGCAUUUCCCAGGGGCAAGUUCGGGAUAUAAUUUUUUCUCUACUCCUUGUAUUGCUGAUUAGCAACAGUGAGAGCAAAUUUGUGUUGUCCCUGCUCAAGAUGGAACGCACGGUUUGCGAGUCCUUCUCAAUAGGCUGGCAGCCCUUGCAGGCAGCCCGCGUCACCUCUUCCCGUCUUGCUAGCAGCUCAAAGCCUGGUGGUUUUACCAAAUGCUGCCAGGUCGAGGGGGCAGGGCAAUUUAAACCUAGACAGAUCUUUGGCUCUUCAAGGCUCUGUCAACCACGCUGGCUGGCAGCCCCUCUCUGUAAUGUUGAAUUGGGUAACACUAACGCAGGAAGGUCAAAUAUCCACAAAGAAAAGAGUUUCAGAAUAAUGGCCACCAAUGGGCCCCCCUCUCGACGGCGGACAGAGCUCAGGCGACGGCCGCCAGACUACCCUCCUGACAACAAUCAACCACAGUUUCCUGAAGACUAUAGCGACUCCGAAGGGUCUGACAUCGACCUAGACUAUCUGGCCUCCGGGGGCCGGCAGGCGAAGACCCCUCGCGUCCGGCAGAUUGCGACACAGGACAAUUGGAUUCUCAAAAGUCCCUACACGCGCUAUCUGCUUGGGGGCAUGUUCAUUCUGGGGAUUGCAGCGGGGAUUGCUUUAGACAGUGUGAUCAACCUCGAACCAAACAACGUGGCGUCAAGAGAAGUUAUUGAUAGGCAGACGCCGAAUCCGGACAUCUGCCUGGCCAACGGGAUGAGCGCGCUGGUGCUUGACCAGCGGUUGUUCGUGUCAUUCAACCCGUUCAACGUGUACGUGUCUCAAGCGGAGGUGAAGCCCGGCUGUGUCCUGAGGCAGAGCAACUGGCAGGUGUUGGAAAGUCGAGGGCUGGUCACACGGGGUGAGGUGCAGGACUGCAAGAAAAACAUGAACACGUUUGGGUUUGUCGGCGACCUUCGGAAGUCGCCCGAAGUUAACUGUAUAUACCACAGCGAAACAGCAGAAAACCAGUUCCUCAAGGAUCCGUCAAAGGCAGCUCUUGGGGACGGGUUCCAACCGAAGGAGCCCGUUGAUCCUUGACGUGUUGCGAGGUUGAUUUAUAGAAAGUAUUCGGAUUGGUAGCAUUGAAACGGGGGGCUUGAAUUUGCUCUAACAAUUUGCAGCGCGCAACUUUGUGGUCAGCUAAUGGCCAGGCCACUCUAAGAUAGAUUCGGCCAGGAUUCUACAUUGUUUGUGUACAGUCUGGCACAAUUAUUGGUAGUCAUUUGGAAUGUGGGUGCAGAGCUCUAGCAGCCUUUAAAGGCCAGGCUAGUGCAAGCAGAACGUGGUUGGACGCAAAUUAAGAUACAUGAUAAGAAAGCAUCCAGCGGGCGGAACUACUAAAGCAUGCUUAUACCACCAAUUGUUGAUCCAUAAUGGUCCUAAGGAC